AUGACUCGAAGCCAGAGGUCGAGUUGGAGGAGAAGCCUCCGCGAGAAGACGAGACAGAGUGGAAGGCGGCGACGGGUUGCGGAUGGCCGCCAGGCCGCCGAGAAGCCGGUUCGCCAACGAGAAACAAACGGAAGGAGGAGGGCGGCGCCCUUUCGCUACCCUAGCUCGCAAGGCUUAGGCCACGGGUCGGCUCGUGGGAUCAGUGGUACUGGACCCGGAUUGGUUCGAGAAGGGCAAAAGCGUGGGCUGAGGAUUGAGCUGAGUUGGGCUAGGCACGGCCUGAUCCUAUGGUCGUCCGAGAGCAGGUUAACAAGAGCUCUCUUGUAUGGGUUUGGGCCAAAAUCAACAGGCCCAAUUGCUGAGAAAGAUGGGUUGAAGGGUGGACAAGAAGCAGUCGAGGAGAAGUGGACGGAUUAG